AUGGAAGAGAUGGAAGAGGAGUUAAAAUGCCCUGUGUGCGGCUCCUUCUACCGGGAACCCAUCAUCCUGCCCUGCUCUCACAAUUUAUGUCAGGCGUGCGCCCGCAACAUCCUGGUACAAACCCCAGAGUCAGAGUCCCCUCAGAGCCGUCGGGCCUCGGGCUCCGGAGUCUCGGACUAUGACUACCUGGACCUGGACAAGAUGAGCCUGUACAGCGAGGCGGACAGUGGCUAUGGCUCCUAUGGGGGGUUCGCCAGCGCCCCUACUACGCCGUGCCAGAGGUCCCCCAACGGCGUCCGCGUGUUUCCCCCGGCUAUGCCGCCACCGGCCACCCACCUGUCACCGGCUCUGGCCCCAGUACCCCGCAACUCCUGUAUCACCUGCCCCCAAUGCCAUCGCAGCCUCAUCCUGGAUGACCGGGGGCUCCGCGGCUUCCCCAAAAACCGAGUCCUGGAAGGGGUGAUCGACCGCUACCAGCAGAGCAAAGCCGCGGCCCUCAAGUGCCAGCUCUGCGAGAAGGCGCCCAAGGAGGCCACCGUCAUGUGUGAACAGUGCGAUGUCUUCUACUGCGAUCCGUGCCGCCUGCGCUGCCACCCGCCCCGGGGGCCCCUGGCCAAGCACCGCCUGGUGCCCCCGGCCCAGGGCCGCGUGAGUCGGCGGCUGAGCCCGCGCAAGGUCUCCACCUGUACAGACCACGAGCUGGAGAACCAUAGCAUGUACUGUGUGCAGUGCAAGAUGCCGGUUUGCUACCAGUGCUUGGAGGAGGGCAAACACUCCAGCCACGAAGUCAAGGCUCUGGGGGCCAUGUGGAAACUGCACAAGAGCCAGCUCUCCCAGGCACUGAACGGACUGUCAGACAGGGCCAAAGAAGCCAAGGAGUUUCUGGUGCAGCUGAGAAACAUGGUCCAGCAGAUUCAGGAGAACAGUGUGGAGUUUGAAGCUUGCCUAGUGGCACAAUGUGAUGCCCUCAUUGACGCCCUCAACAGAAGAAAAGCUCAGCUGCUCGCCCGCGUCAACAAGGAGCAUGAGCACAAGUUAAAGGUGGUUCGAGAUCAGAUCUCUCAUUGUACAGUGAAAUUGCGCCAGACCACAGGUCUCAUGGAAUACUGCCUGGAGGUGAUCAAAGAAAAUGAUCCCAGUGGUUUUUUGCAGAUUUCUGAUGCACUCAUAAGGAGAGUGCACCUGACUGAGGAUCAGUGGGGAAAAGGCACGCUCACUCCCAGGAUGACCACAGACUUCGACUUGAGUUUGGACAACAGUUCUCUGCUGCAAUCCAUUCACCAGCUUGACUUCGUGCAGAUGAAAGCUUCCUCUCCAGUCCCAGCAACCCCCAUCCUACAGCUGGAAGAGUGCUGCACCCACAACAACAGCGCUACACUGUCCUGGAAACAACCACCUCUGUCCACAGUGCCCGCUGAAGGAUAUAUUCUGGAGUUGGAUGAUGGCAGUGGUGGUCAGUUCCGGGAAGUAUAUGUUGGAAAGGAGACAAUGUGCACUGUGGAUGGUCUUCACUUCAACAGCACAUACAACGCUCGGGUCAAGGCCUUCAACAAAACAGGAGUCAGCCCAUACAGCAAGACGCUGGUCCUCCAAACGUCUGAGGCGGCUUGGUUUGCUUUCGACCCUGGUUCAGCACACUCUGACAUCAUCUUCUCCAAUGACAACCUGACUGUGACCUGCAGUAGCUACGAUGACCGGGUUGUGCUGGGAAAGACAGGCUUCUCCAAGGGCGUCCACUACUGGGAGCUAACUGUGGAUCGCUAUGACAACCACCCUGAUCCUGCCUUCGGUGUGGCGCGCAUCGACGUGAUGAAGGAUGUGAUGUUAGGAAAGGACGACAAAGCUUGGGCAAUGUAUGUGGACAAUAACCGGAGCUGGUUCAUGCACAACAACUCGCACACCAACAGAACUGAGGGAGGAAUCACCAAGGGGGCCACAAUUGGGGUCCUCCUCGACUUAAAUAGAAAAACCCUGACAUUUUUUAUCAACGAUGAACAGCAAGGCCCCAUAGCAUUUGAGAAUGUGGAGGGCCUGUUCUUCCCUGCAGUCAGCCUGAACAGGAAUGUGCAGGUCACGCUUCACACCGGGCUCCCAGUCCCUGACUUCUACUCCAGCAGAGCAUCAAUAGCCUAA